AUGUAAUAAGAAUUAUUAUUACCUGAAGAUAUUGAAGAUAAGAGAUAACUAAUCAUUGUAUUAGAAUAAGCUCCAUUAGAAAUUGCGACAAUAAGACAACAAGUCGUUUUACUCAAUGCUGAUGAACAUAAGAAUUACAUAAAUUAAACAUUGAAUAAAGAUUAUUCCCUUUACAGACCUGAUAUUUUGCAUCAUUGCUUGCUUAGUCUGAUGGAUUCCCCAUUGAAUAAGGCAGGAAAACUAAAAAUCUACGUUCACACAGCUCAAAACGUCAUACUUGAUAUUAGCCCUAAAUUAAAAGUGCCAAGAACUUAUGAAUCAUAUGCAGCAUUAUUCGCAUAAGCCUUGCAUAAACUUAGAGUAAGAGCUGUAGAAAGUUCAGAAACAUUAAUAAAAGUUAUCAAAAAUCCUAUUACUGACCAUUUACCUAGCGAGGCUCUCAAAAUAGGUACAUCUACAUAAGCCAAAUUAAUUGAUAUCAAAUAAUUUGUAAUAUAUUUGGAAUUUUAUUCAAUAGAUCAAAUAACCAAACCUUGAUCAGAACAAACCAAUAGUUUAUGUGAUAGGUGCUGUUUCUAAAGGUAAUCCAGGAAUGGAAGCUUAAUAUAUUGAUGAAUGCAUUUGUAUAUCCUCAUAUUCACUAAGUGCAGGAUAUUGUUUAUAACGAAUUUCAAAUGCUUAUGAGGAACUUUGGAAUAUUAAAUGA